AACUAAUCAAUAGACUUGUCUUUUGCAAUUUAGUCAAAGAUUAUUGAUUGUUUGUCAAAGUAUAGUUGACUUAAUUAGCUCGCCAGUGCUAACAGAUCCUAAACCUAAACAGCAGCGUCACACAUCAUUGGAGGCCUCAAGCUCCGUCUGACAGAUGUCUAGAUAUUUACCAGGCAUAUUAGAUUGUUAAUCUGAAAUGUAUUAGUUAGGUUUGAUUCAAACGAUUCAUAAAUUCAUCCUGUUCCUCUGACUCAGCGUAACGUGCUACGUGAGUCCCUUAUUAUGGCCACUGGAAGUCAUGUUGGAAGUAAUACAGACGUCCACAGGCUCAAGCAGGCCCAGCCCCAUGAUCUUCUCAAACGUAUGGUUUGUUCUGGAGAUGAGAAGAACAUGAGGGAGGUGGAUUAUUCACUUAAGGACGAAACCGAUCAAGAGAGAUUUCCAGUGGGCCGUUGUGUGCACAAAUACAGCAAAGCGAAGCGAGCAGUGGUUAGCAAGAAGAAAACGCGUCACUCUGGGGUGGGAUCAAGAGCAUGUCGGAGAUCGCCCACUGCAAGCAGGACAUCUGACAUGGCAAACAAAGAAAAUGAACUGACUUGUGCUGAUGACGUGCAGGCUAUUCUUUACAGUGACAACUGUGGGUUCCCUGUGAACUCAACAGACGCCUCAAAAAUGGCAGGAGCUGGCUCCAAAUACAGUGAUUAUUUCACUGAGUUAUCAAAGGACCAUGAAGCAAUGACUCAUGUGCUCUUUGGAAGAAAUCUGAGACUGAAUGUUGCUUUGACUCUUUGGCGGAAAAACGCAAGUGAACUAGUGGCAUACUUGAACAGAAUACAAGACACAGGGGUGCUUGUUGACUGUUUGCCUGUUCUUACUAAAAGUUUCUCCCUCUAUAGUCUUCAGGAAGAACAGCCAUGUAUUUCAAUAGGCUGUUGUGUUGACCUUUUACCACAAGUGAGAGUGAUUCUUAACACUAAAUAUGAAGAACACCUCAUUGUAGCUUUACACUGGGUUCAAUCUAUCAUUAAAAAAUGGUGGUCUGAGCUCUCCACAAACAACAAAAGCUUGCAUGAUGGCUUUUCAAAUGACAGAAGGAAUGUUCAGGCAAUGAAGACGAUGCUUCUUGAACUGUGGGAGGGGAAGAGACACUUAAGCUCGGUUCCAGGAACUGUAGGAGAAACAGCAAAGAUUAUAGAAUCAUAUGUGUCACAACUGCGCUGAUGUAUCAUUGUAGCACACUAUGGAGAUAACCACUACAAACCCUUGGUACAUUUUAAGCUUUUGAUUGGCUUGGAGCUGGUGCAUCUGAAGUUCAAUAGGCUGUGGUGAAUUGGGGAUAGAUGAACUGAACAAUUCAGACACUCCUGAUUUCAGCUCUGGAGGAGGACCUCUUCCUGCAGGCACUGAAUGACUGCUUCACAUUGAAGUGGACUUGCUUAGGGGCACAUAAUCAACUCCAUGAGACUCUCUGGAAUCGGGCAACUCACUGAAGUGCCAAGCAGAAGUUUUAACUGUUGCACUUGUAGUGCCAUGGUGUGAAUCUGCUUAAGUGGAUGUGAUUGUGUAAGUGUACAUUUAUCAGAUGUUUUUUUUCAGUCAUGCACUUGAAUUGCAGGAGUUUUAAGUUAUUAGUGUGUUGUUGUCCAUUGCCUGAUCAUGAGUGGAUAUUUGAGUGUAAUGUGUACAUAGUGAUUUUUCUUUUAAUCAGCUUUCAAAUAAAUCUACAUAAACUAAAUGUUUUUUGAUGUUUAUAUGAAUAUGUACAUUUUAUUUACAUGUUGACUAAGAUAAAAAUGACCAUAACAAAAUGUGCAUGCACAACCCCAAUCAAA